AUGUAUAUAUUGACCCCGAACAUAAAUUACAAUCAAACUAAUUAUUAUAUGGAAGAGUAUGGUGGCGAUUAUGAAAAUCAAAUAAAUAGACAAUAUAAUAAAAAAUAUAAAUCCUUCAAUCAAGAUCCAAGAAGAAUUUACAAAGAAUAUGAACAUAAUAAAGAAAAAUUAGUAUCUAAAUUUGUUAAUCGAUCUUUCAAACUAAAGGAAAAUAAAGUCGAAAAGUUUUAUUCAGAUAUAGGGCUAAAUUUUAUCAAACAAUAUUGUGCAAUAUUGGUAAGACGGCAACGUUUUAUUCUACAAACCUGCUUUAAUAAAUUAAACUACAUUGAUUUUACGUCGUUUACACAAGAGGUAAAACGAUUAGAAAAACCGCAAAUUAUCGUUUUUUGGUCAGAAAAGCAAGAAUUAUCGUUUAUAAAUCAUUCAUUCGAGAAAUGCAAAGUUAAAAAUUGUAUCAUAGUCCCUAACAACCCUUAUUUUUUCCAAUUUGCCGAUGCAAUUUUAUUUAUUCUAAAGAAGAAACAAAACAAAAUAUAUUUUCCAGUCAAUUUCCGAAAAACUCAUCAAAAAUGGAUAUUUUACGAUACGGAACCACCAAAUGAUAUGAACAUUAACCAGAAUUUAUUUAACGGAGUCUUCAACUGGACCAUGUCAUAUAGAAAGGAUUCCGAUAUUCAUAUUCCGUGGGGAUUAACCACCAAAAAAUCAUCUUUAACUAAUUUAGAACAUCAAAAUAUAGAUUUUAAUGAAGCCUACCGUUUGAGCCUUCUGAUCAAAAAAUCCAAAAUAAAAACGAAUGCUAGAACUUGCUGGUUCGUGAGCCAUUGUUGGACUAAGAGUUUAAGAGAGCGCAUAGCUCGCGAGCUCGGCAAAUAUAUACCUUUAGACAUAUAUGGAACUUGCGGAAACAAGAUUUGUUCAAGCAGAACCAAAAAAAGGUGUCAAAGAAUGGUAGAAAGAAAUUGUAAAUUCUACUUAGCUUUUGAAAAUCAACUGUGUAAGGAUUACGUUACAGAAAAGGCGUUUGACACAUUGUCAUUGAAUGUAGUACCGAUAGUUUAUGGGGCGGUGGAUUAUUCUAAAGUAUUACCGCCUCACUCUUACAUCAAUGUGUAUGAUUUCGACUCGAUGUCAAGUCUCGCAAACUAUUUGUUAAUGUUAGAUGAUUCCCCGUCGGAAUAUCUAUCUUAUUUUAGAUGGAAAAAUACUUACGAUAUACUCAGACCUGAUCCGUUUUGCGAAUUAUGCUCAAAACUUAAUGAAAAAUCAAGCCGUUUCAUAGAAACCAUUUAUGAUAGAUUUGACGAAUGGUGGUUUGGGCCUUCCAAAAAUCCUGUUUGCAAAUCUUUAUAUUUGAGCAGUUCAAAAAUAUCCAAUUAUUUACCAAAAAAAAUCUAA